GGUGUGUCUGGAAGUGACCAUAACCGCCAAAAUAAUCUGGCCAUACUGGCCAGAACCAUCGUUUGACAGUUCGUGUGGAUGAAAUACCGCAAAAAUUGGCCACAAUUUUUUUAUAUAUGGACUUUUACGCAAACUAUUCCAGAUGUCGCCACUGUGGCGCUGGCAGACCGUCUACAGUAGGCGGAGUUUCUCGCCCGCGAAAUUCCAGUUCGUGUGUUUAUGGCCGAACAUGGUUUUAUGACCAAACACACUGUCAGCCAGAUGUUUUAAACCCAAUGUUUUCGCAAAACCACAUCUACAGGAAAUCACCCCUUGACGCUAGCCGAAUGUAGCAUAGCAAUUCGUCUGAUUUUACAGAUACAUUAACAAUCCAAGCGUUAAUAGGAGCGGAAAUAUAAUGGAACCCUCCGAUGCCGGAUCCCCUUUCGACAAGCUGUCUCCAGAGCUCAUUUUCUUCAUUUUUGACCAUCUGAAUCUCGAAUCAUUGAAGGCAGUUUCACUAACAUGCCACCGUUUGGAGGAAAUGUUUGCCGACUACAGUGCACGUCGGUUUGUGCUGAGCAGCCGCAAGAAAACCAACCGAAAAGAAGAUCUUCCGCCACUGAGAAACGUUUUAGAAACGAUGGAAGAGGCAGUCACACUGCUGCAGCGUACAAAACGUUCCUACCGCCGCUUUCAUCUCGACGUGAGGUGUCACCCUAAGCCAGGCAGUCUCGAUGAUGUGCAAGCUGCCCACGACAAGCUACUCGCGACGCGCUUGAUACAGCAAUUGGUUGUGCUGAAGCUAGAUCUCGGGUAUGAAUUGCACAAAAUUGCCGUAAAACUUUCGGGUGUGGUGACUAAGAUGGAAAGUUUGCAAGUGUUGUACAUCGGACAUGAAGCUACGGAUAAUCCGUACCCGUUUAGUCAGCUGAGCCUUGUCAACCGUUCACUGCAAAAGCUGUUGCUGAGCAACGUUUGGCCCGGCAGGAUCGAUUGCCCCAAAAUGGGGAGCCUGAACGUUUCGGUGUUAGAAAUAGAUCUGGGGUCCAUCAUUGGUAAGCAGUAUGUACAGCACGGUGGCCAGGAACCGUACUGGAAGCUGAAGCAGCUGACAGAGCUGGUAAUGCAGACACUAUCGAAGCAUCGCUCACUUUCCCUGCUCGUGAGAGCCAAUUCAACGUAUGGGAGUCAGUUUUAUCGGCAGCUAACACAGCUUACGAUAUUACAAGUUCACCCUCUGUUGGUGACGGAUGAGACGCUGCAAGCCAUUGGCGAAACGUGCGUACAGCUGGAGCGCCUGUCGCUCUCGUAUCUGCGCAUGAUAAACCCGGCAUCCUUCCAUCACCUCUCCAACCUAAUGAACCUGCGACAUUUGGCAAUUAAGGACAGCAACAAAAUGUUAUCGUUCGCUGGCUUUCGCAUGCCACUUCUGGAAAGACUUGAGUUGGGAGACGCCACCCAAAUUGAUUGGCCAUCGUUGGCGCAGUUUGCAUCGAUAGAAUGUCUCCUGAUUAGAUGUGAUUCCUCACAGCUGAACGGACUGUGUGAUCUGUUUGCAGAACGCAUGCGCCGGCUACACACGCUAUGGCUCAAGUGUUACUCCUAUUCAGAUCGGCCGCGUUAUCGAGAGCUAGCUGCGGCACUUCCCAAACUGCCUGCGCUGGAAACGCUCGUGCUAGAAACUUCUGUAUAUUCGAACUGUUUUAUUUUUCUCAAAACAAUCGAACCGAUGCUUCGGCUGACUCGACUAAUUAUAUGCUCUUUUCCUUCUCGGCGGCAUGACAUUGGCCAACAGGUUGCAACACUGUUACCCAACGUUCCGAAUAUCGAAAUUCGUGACUUACAUGAUGUGUACGAAGUAAGAAAAAGUUUGAAAUUUGUAACGAUGGAUUAGAUUUGUAACGAUGGAGCUAAGGUUCCAAUUGGAACCUUUGAGUGCCUUUAGUAGGUUUAUUCAAUAUUAGUAGGCGUUAGUAGGCGGAUUUAGAAUAUCAGGGGCGCUAAGCGGUACGACGAAUGGAGGCCCCUAUAGAUGAUGAUAGAGCAAAAGGGAGGGUCAGAAUAUCGAUCUACGGGGCCCCUACAUCGACGGGCUCCAGACGGCCGCUUAGUCCGCCUACCGUUAGAUCCGCCGCUUAACUUUAUCUCUUUAUCUUUAUCUUUAUUUAAACUUUAUCUCUAAUCAAAGCUCGUUAAACGAUCACAUAUUUAAGCGCCAUUAACAACUUACCAAUCAAUAACAACUGCUAUAUGAAACUAUAUCAACAAUGUUACUUAACAAUUAUAAAUAUUGAAUAAUAAUUACUCAAUAAAUAAUUAAUCUGAAUUAAAAAAUAGUAAUAAAA